AUGAAAGCAACAGGUGCCUUUGUAUUUCUUUCUCUGGCCCUUUUCUGCUUCUUCUCAGGUUUGGGAAUUUCAUUGUUUGUGUUUUGUGCUUUUGUUUUUCCAGAUGUCACCAGUCAAGGAGGAGGGAAGGUGGACUGCGGUGAAUUUCGAGACCCCAAAGUAUAUUGCACCAGAGAAUCUAACCCUCAUUGUGGCUCUGAUGGCCAGACUUAUGGCAACAAGUGCUCCUUCUGUAAAGCGAUGGUGGAAAGUGGUGGAAAGGUGACAUUAAAGCAUCAGGGAAAAUGCUGA